GGUUCCGAGCGGUGCUGAGCGGUUCCGAGCGCUGCUGAGCGGUGCCGAGCCGUGCCGGGCCCGAGGGAUGCGGGCCGCGCUCACCUGGCGCGACAGGGCGGAGCAGUGUAUUUACGACCUCGCGUUCAAGCCGGAUGGGACCCAGCUGAUAAUUGCUGCUGGAAACAGGCUGCUGGUGUAUGAUACUUCUGAUGGAACCCUAAUUCAGCCUUUGAAAGGACAUAAAGACACUGUGUACUGCGUGGCUUAUGCCAAAGAUGGCAAGCGUUUUGCAUCUGGCUCUGCUGAUAAAAGUGUGAUAAUUUGGACUUCAAAGUUAGAAGGAAUUCUGAAAUACACGCAUAAUGACUCUAUCCAGUGUGUUUCAUACAAUCCUCUCACUCAUCAGUUGGCAUCCUGCUCAUCUGGGGAUUUUGGCUUGUGGUCUCCUGAACAGAAGUCAGUCUCUAAACAUAAAACAAGCUCCAAGAUUACUUGCUGUAGCUGGACAAAUGAUGGCCAGUACCUGGCUUUGGGGAUGUUCAACGGCAUUGUCAGCAUAAGGAACAAAAAUGGUGAUGAGAAAGUGAAAAUAGAGAGGCCAGGGGGCUCUUCCUCUCCAAUAUGGUCAAUUUGUUGGAAUCCUUCCAGAGAUGAACGCAAUGACAUUUUAGCUGUGGCAGACUGGGGUCAGAAGCUUUCCUUUUACCACCUGAGUGGCAAGCAGAUUGGGAAGGACAGAGUACUCAAUUUUGACCCAUGCUGCAUCAGCUACUUUACUAAAGGAGAGUAUCUCUUGCUGGGAGGUUCAGAUAGACAGGUUUCUCUCUUCACGAGGGAUGGGGUACGCCUGGGCACCGUGGGAGAGCAGAGCAGCUGGGUGUGGACCUGCAAAGUUAAACCAGACUCCAACUAUGUGGCAGUAGGGUGUCAGGAUGGAACAAUCUCCUUCUACCAGCUGAUUUUCAGCACUGUCCACGGCCUCUAUAAAGAUCGCUACGCCUACAGGGACAACAUGACCGAUGUUAUUGUCCAGCACCUCAUCACGGAACAAAAAGUUAGGAUAAAAGGCAGAGAGCUUGUGAAGAAAAUUGCAAUCUACAAAAACAGAUUAGCCAUCCAGAUGCCAGAGAAAAUCCUGAUUUAUGAAUUGUACUCGGAUGACUCUGCAGAUAUGUACUAUCGGGUGAAGGAAAAGAUUAUAAAGAAAUUUGAAUGUAACUUGCUGGUCGUCUGUUCAGAUCACAUUAUUUUAUGCCAGGAGAAGAGAUUGCAAUGCCUCUCAUUUCGUGGUGUUAAAGAACGAGAAUGGCUGAUGGAAUCUCUUAUUCGUUACAUUAAAGUAAUUGGAGGACCUCCAGGAAGAGAAGGCCUCUUAGUUGGUCUAAAGAAUGGUCAGAUCCUGAAGAUCUUUGUGGAUAACGCGCUGGCGCUCGUGCUGCUGAAGCAAUCCACGGCCGUGCGCUGCCUGGACAUGAGCGCGUCCCGCAACAAGCUGGCCGUGGUGGACGAGAACGACACCUGCCUUGUCUACGACAUCCACACCAAGGAGCUGCUGUUUCAGGAACCCAAUGCUAACAGUGUGGCCUGGAAUACCCAGUGUGAGGAUAUGCUUUGCUUUUCUGGAGGGGGUUACCUCAAUAUCAAAGCGAGCAACUUCCCUGUCCACCAGCAAAAACUGCAAGGCUUUGUUGUGGGUUACAAUGGCUCCAAGAUCUUCUGCCUUCAUGUUUUCUCUAUGUCAGCAGUUGAAGUUCCGCAGUCUGCACCCAUGUAUCAAUAUCUGGAACGAAAAAUGUUUAAAGAAGCCUAUCAAAUUGCGUGUUUAGGAGUGACAGAUGCUGACUGGAGGGAGCUGGCCAUGGAAGCCUUAGAGGGGCUGGAGUUUGAAACUGCUAAAAAGGCAUUUACCAGGGUACGAGACCUUCGAUAUUUAGAACUGAUCAGCAGUAUAGAGGACCGGAAGAAGCACGGUGAGAACAACAAUGAGCUGUUCCUGGCAGAUGUUUUUGCCUACCAGGGGAAAUUCCAUGAGGCAGCAAAGCUGUACAAGAGGAGUGGCCACGAGAACCUGGCCCUGGAGAUGUACUCAGACCUACGCAUGUUCGACCAUGCCAAGGAAUUUCUGGGAUCUGGAGAUCCCAAAGACACAAAGAUGCUGAUAAAAAAGCAAGCAGACUGGGCCAAGGAUAUCAAUGAGCCAAAGGCAGCAGUGGAGAUGUACCUCUCUGCUGGCGAGCACAUGAAGGCCAUCGAAAUCAGCGGGGACCACGGCUGGGUGGAUAUGUUAAUCGAAAUUGCUCGAAAACUGGAUAAAGCUGAGCGUGAGCCUCUGGCCAAAUGUGCCUUCUAUUUUAAGCAACUUGAUAACCCCGGCUAUGCUGCAGAAAUCUACAUGAAGGCUGGUGACCUGAAAGCCUUGGUCCAGCUCCACGUGGAGACUCAUCGCUGGGAAGAAGCAUUUGCUUUGAGUGAGAAGCAUCCUGAAUUCAAAGAUGAAGUCUAUGUCCCUUAUGCUCAGUGGCUGGCAGAGAAUGAUCGAUUUGAAGAAGCCCAAAAAGCGUUUCACAAGGCUGGCAGGCAGAGAGAGGCUGUGCAGGUGCUGGAGCAGUUAACACACAACGCCGUGCUUGAAAGCCGAUUUAACGACGCAGCCUAUUAUUACUGGAUGCUUUCCAUGCAGUGCUUAGACAUAGCCCAAGAGAACCAAGGACAGCAGACUGAAAUGUUGAAGAAGUUUCAUCACUUCCAGCAUUUGGCAGAAGUUUACCAUGUCUAUCACUUUAUUCAAAGAUACACUGAGGAGCCUUUCAGCUUCCACUUGCCUGAAACUCUCUUCAAUAUUUCCAGAUUUCUGCUUCACAGCUUAACAAAGGAGACUCCUUUGGGGAUCUCAAAAGUCAAUACAUUAUUGGCCCUGGCAAAGCAGAGUAAAGCUCUUGGUGCAUAUAAAUUGGCUCGUCAUGCCUAUGACAAGCUGCAUGGACUGCAGAUCCCAGACAGGUUCCAGAAAUCCGUGGAGCUGGGCAGCCUGACAAUCCGAUCCAAGCCAUUCCAUGACAGUGAAGAGCUCGUGCCCCUGUGUUACAGGUGCUCCACCAACAACCCUUUGCUGAAUAACCUGGGGAAUGUCUGCAUUAACUGCAGGCAGCCUUUCGUCUUCUCGGCCUCCUCCUACGAGGUGCUGCAUCUGGUUGAGUUCUAUUUGGAAGAUGGCAUCACAGAUGAAGAAGCUGUAGCUCUUAUUGAUCUUGAAGCUCCAAGAAGGAGUAAAAGAGAGAAUAAAUGGCAAGAGAUGAUGAGUGACCAUACUCAGAGUUUGAAGCUUGAUGACAAUACAGAUAUAACUGAAGAUGAUGAUCCCUUUACAGCAAAACUGAGCUUUGAGCAGGGAGGCUCGGAGUUUGUGCCGGUGGUGGUGAGCCGUGCCGUGCUGCGCUCCAUGAGCCGCAGGGACGUGCUGAUCAAGCGCUGGCCGCGGCCGCUGCGCUGGCAGUACUACCGCUCCCUGCUGCCCGACGCCUCCAUCACCAUGUGUCCAUCCUGCUUCCAGAUGUUUCACACAGAAGACUAUGAGCUCCUCAUACUGCAGCAUAAUUGUUGUCCGUUCUGUCGGCGGAGAAUAGAUGAGUCAAACCAGUGAAGAAAACCAGCCUUUUACCUCAACAUCAGACUCUCCUGUUGGCUCGGCAAAACACUUCUUAUAUCUGUAGAGCUUUCCUAAUAACUUAGUUACAUCAUCUUGUCUCAUUUUGUAUCUAAGAGUGGAAGAAUUGUAACUAUUUUUUAAAAUUAAAAUGUCUGGUUUUUGUGAAUGUGCUCUGCAUUUUCCAGACAAGCAGCAAGUGCCACAGAAUUUUACAGGAACAUUUCUAGGAUCAAGUUCAACCUAUAAGUAAUUGGUUUUUACUCCAGAUUGUGCUCCUUAACACACACCAGUUGACAGAUCUUCAAAUAAAUGGGACUAUUUUUCACUAUUUAUUGUCUCAAAAGUUGCUAUAAUACUCGUGCUUCUGAUCUUGAAUUUCUUAUUCCUUUCUAUUCCAUUUAGGCAAGAGCAGCAUUAAGAACCCUUCAAAUACAAUCUGAAAAGUUCCACUACUCUUGGCACUGGGGGCAUCUGACAGCCCCCCUGAGCUCGUCUGCUUUCUGACUCAGCUGUCACUGUUUGCAGUGAAGACUCUGCUAUUGACAUGGAUAAACAAUGCUGUUUGAGAUGGGAGCCAGGGUGGAAUUCAGCUCCUUCUGGAAUUGAGCUGGCUGUGCAGUGC